AUGACGUCUUGGAGGCAAGGAGAGCUGGGCAAGCGACCCGCUCGCAUUGCAAAUUGUUCUGGUUACUGCGGUGACCCUGCGGAGGAGAUGCUGAAACAAGCAACCCUUGGAGAUAUCGACUUUAUCACCGGCGACUACCUUGCUGAGGUCAACCUAGCGGCAAACGCAGAAGCUUUUGCCAAUGGGAAACAUCCUGGAUACGAAACCUCUGCCUUGGAAGGCUUGAAAAUGACUUUGGAUGUGAUCAAUACGAAGAGAAUCAAAGUUGCCCUCAACGGAGGCGCCCUUAACCCAAAAGGAUUGGCCGAGGCUGUCGCCGAUUUGGUGAAGGAGAGAAAUGCCACCUUGACCGUGGCGUAUAUCUCUGGUGAUGAUGUCCUCCUUGAAGUUCGUCAGCGCAUACAAGUUGUAGAAUCUUCCCCGUUGCCACAUCUCGACUCGGUGGGCGACGGCGUUCAGCGUGGGCCGGAAACGACACUUCCCGCUGACAUGAGUCCCGACACAAUCGUGUCAGCCAACGCCUACUUAGGCGCCCGCGGAAUUGUUGCCGCAUUCAAGAAAGGUGCUGACAUUGUCAUUGCAGGCCGAGUGUCUGAUGCCUCCCCCGUCAUCGCUGCCGCGUGGUACUGGUGGUCAUGGAGUGACACGGAUUUCGACCAGCUGGCCGGCGCGUUAGUUGCGGGCCAUCUGAUUGAAUGCUCGGCAUACGUGACUGGAGGGAACUAUGCUGGUUUUACCGAUGCCAAGUAUGGCGGUUGGCAGAACUUCACCCAUCCAGGAUUCCCCGUUGCCGAAGUGGACGCAGAUGGAUCUUGCGUGAUAACAAAGCACCCUGGCACAGGUGGGUGUGUAGACGAAGACACGGUAAAGUGUCAGCUUCUCUACGAGCUUCAAGGGAACGUCUAUCUUCAUAGUGACUCGAAGGCUGUCCUUGAUGAAGUCACUGUCAAGCAAAUUGGGCCCGACCGUUUCGCGAUUGCUAACGUCUUUUAUAGGGUCCAUGUUAGUGGGAUCCGAGGCCUGCCUCCGCCUCCAUCAACAAAAGUGGCCAUCUUCUACAAGGGUGGCUACGAGUCUCAGCUGCUACUGAACACAGCUGGAUAUGACUGGGAAGCGAAAUGUGACUUGCUCGAGAAGCAGGUACGGCUUCAACUUGGGGACCAAGCCAACAACAUGGAUGUACUUGAGUUCCAACGCGUGGGAGUGCCGGCUGAUAACCCCCGUACGCAAGAUAGCAGCACUAUGUACAUACGAAUAAUAGCGCAGGGCAAGGAUUCAAAGUCACUCAUGUUGAUUCCUAAAGCUAUCUCGGACAUCUCACUUAAACACUUCCAUGGAUUUCACUGUUCUCUGGACAUGCGUACCGCGUUUCCAAAGCCUUUUCUCGCCUACUACCCUGCUAUUUGGGAGCAGUCGGCCAUUCGAGAGACAGUCACAUUCGUCAACGACGCUGUCUCCUCGUCUAUUCAUCCCCCAAUCGAUGCCGGGACCCCAUCUGUUUUUGAUCCCCUCUCCAAGCGAGACAGCUACGAUACGGUCUCUCCGGUCACGUUCACUGGCCCGAAGAGAAAGAUCAAACUCGGAGAUGUGGCACUUGCACGAUCCGGUGACAAGGGUGGCAACCUUAACGUGGGAGUAUUUGUACGCACUCAGCGUCAGUGGGACUGGCUGCGGACAUAUCUCUCGCGGCAACAGAUGUGGCGCCUUCUUGGUGACGAUGCGGAUGACAGCUACACCAUGGAACGGGUUGAGUUUGGGCACAUUUUUGCGGUGCAUUUUGUGAUUUAUGGCAUUCUAGGCCGUGGCGUUAGCAGCUCGACCAGGUUGGACGCGUUCGGGAAGGGUUUUGCUGAUUAUUUGAGGGACAAAGUUGUGGAGGUGCCAGAGGAACUUGUUGGGUGA